AUGAUGGGAGCAAAGGGAGAUGGUGUGGAGAUAGUUUACUAUCUUCAGAAUUGUUGCAGCGACCUCAAUAUUGGAAACAAGCUGUCACGAUUGUACCAUGCAAAUAUCAUGGCAAUGGCAAUAGGAGCUGAUUUCCUGUAUGUCUGCCCCACGCAUAAAGACACUGGAAACAGGGGUAGUAUCAUGAGUAGACUGGCACAAGAGCGCAUAGACUCUGAAUCCGAUGCGAGACAUGUGGUAUCCAAGACAAAAUCAGUUGCAGAAAUCUGUGAUGUCUGUGACUCCAAUCACCCGCAUCAAUGUGCAACAGGGGAAAUUGGACUGGUUGUCCCGAUCGUUAUUGAUGAUCUACAAGGGACUGUAAGACAUGCCUCAGACUAUGAUGAGGGUUCGUUUGACGUAGCACUGCAUUACAGAUGUGGAGAUAUUCUUGGACUUCAUACAGAAAAGUAUGGCAUCUUACCACACUCUACCUUUGUGCGUCUGAUUCAAGCGAAGCAUGAUCGGGAAGACAACAUAAGCAUUGUGGUAUUAUCCAACGUACUCAACGGCAAUAAAGCUGGCAAGAAUGCCAGAUCUCGAGACGUCUUGUUUGCAGCGACGUGCCAAAUUCUUGUCGACGAUCUUGUUGAGUACUUGAGUCAGUCCUUUCCCAACGCAAGAAUAUCGAUUCCAACCAAUGGAUCCAUCGCGGUCGACUACUUUCGCCUCAUUAGAGCAACAUCAAUGGCAAUUUGUGGCCCCUCUACUUUUUGUCUCUGGCCAACUCUGGCCAACCCAAACGCGAAAAUAUUGAACUCACGCUUGUUUCCUUGGAUCAAGCAGCUGGAUGGUUCAAAUUCUACAGUAUUUGAUUCAGUGAUGCUGAAACCAAGGAAGAACCAAACCAUUCUGGACAUGGGUGUUGCUUCAAUUCUAGCUUGGUUGCGAACAAGCUAG